AUGACGAAACCCGACCUCAAGCACCCGUUUAUUCGCGAUUUGAAGAGGGGCCCCCACCAGGAUCUUUUUAAGAGCGUCCUGGCCUGCUCGUUUGGGCAACAUCAUUGCUGGUCCAGGCGGGAGUUUGAGAAGCUGCACUGCUACGAGCACUUCUCCGCCAUUGUCACCAACCGCCCCUGGCGCCGUCUACUAUGCAUUUGCGAGAAGGUUUACCACGAGCUCGUGCUUGAGUUCUAUAUGACCUUCAAGCACGAAGAGACGGAGGAUUGGGCAGACGGUGAAGCCGUCCAGUUCAGGCUCGGCGGUGCACCCCGCUUCCUGAGCUACCACGACUUGGCGACCGCCCUCGGCCUCAGCCUGGCCGAUGAUAGGGACUACGUCACGAGCUCACCAAGCCAGAGGGGGUGA